UUUAAGCCUAUAUGUGCUGACCUGUAUGGGGGCCAUGGAAUUCCCAGUUUAUUUUGUAGCCCUGGGGUUGUUAUCAGCUGAACCUGAUUAGGGAAAUAAGAUGUGUGCUGUGCAGGGGUAGACUGGUGGAGAUGGGCCAAUUACCCUGUAAACUUGUGUCGUUAUGAGAGCAAUCAUGAAGGAUCGCCUUAGUGAACUGUUGGAAUAUGCAAAGCUCCACAUCCAGUAUAUCCAGAGUGAAGAAGAGAAUGACUUGAAAAGCGUUGGUGUAUUUGAGACUGACCAUGCGUUGGAAAGCCUGUACCAAGAUAUACAGCUCAUCCGGACAGAAAACCAAUUAAUGAAAGUCGAUGUUAAACGCUUGGGAAAGCAAACCACCCGCUUCCUCACUUCAAUGCGUCGCCUCAGCAGUAUCAAAAGAGAUUCCAGCAGCAUUGCUAAAGACAUUAAGACAAGAGCUGAAGGCAUACACAGAAAACUCCAAAGCCUUAAAAAUUUCAGCGAGGACUCAGAGAGCAAAUAUGGAGAAAGUUCAGUCAUGGCACGUGUAUCAAAAUCUCAGUACAUGACUCUAACACGUGAGUUUCAGCAAGUCAUGGUUGAGUACAAUGAGGCUGAGAUGGUCCAGAGGGAAAACUGCAAGAUCCGCAUCCAGCGUCAGCUAGAGAUAAUGGGGAAAGAUGUGUCUUGCAAUCAGAUAGAUGAAAUGAUUGAGCAAGGCAAAUGGGAUGUCUUCUCUGAAAACCUGCUAUCUGAUGUUAAAGUUGCCCGUUCAGCCUUGAAUGAGAUUGAAACACGCCAUAAGGAGCUCUUAAAACUAGAAACGCGUAUUAGGGAGGUCCAUGACCUCUUUUUACAGAUGGCGUUGUUGGUGGAAGAACAAGCAGAGACCUUAAAUGUUGUUGAGCUUAAUAUGGAAAAAGUGAAAGAUUAUGUGGGAGAAGCGAAAGCUCAAGUUAAACAAGCUGUUGAAUAUAAGAGAAAGCACCCUUGCCGUCGCAUGUUUUGUUGCUGCUUUCCUUGCUGCAAUUGAUUCUUUUUCAAGUAAAUGUUUUAGCAGACUUUUCCUUUUGCAAAAAAAAAAGUGUUGAUAUGAAAUUACAUUUACAAAAUGAAUAAGUGUUUAUACAGGGGGCUGCAGUUAAAUAAGGGAAGGAGCUUAGCUCACCUCCAGCAGUUUAGUGAUCCGCUCUUAAAACCAUAUUACUUCUUGCAGUCAGCUGUCCCCUCAUGUGCAUUUUUGGGCCUUUAUUUGCUUUUUAAAUUACUUUAUGUUUUGCUUGCCUACGUUCACAAGCAUAAAAUGGCAAGCUAUAUGCAUAAAUAAGUAAGGAAUGACCAUGUGUAUAAACAAAGCUUAUUUAGAUAAAUUGCUGAAGAGUUUACUUAACAGAGGUGCACAGGCAAUCCAUUUGUGUUAUACCUACAGACAUGCUGCCUACAUUCCACUAACACCUACACACACUUUUUUUUAGAUUGUAGGUCUAAAUUCAGCCUGCCAGUCUGGAUGGCUUAUUCAUUUUCCAUUUGUUCGUUGAACAAUUCCGAGCAUGGACCUAUAGGUCAGACUUGUUUUCUUGAACAGUUAAUUUUAUCUACAUGAAGACGCCAUGCUGCUAAAUGAAAAAGGUCAUAUGAUUACUAGCUGUUCAGAAUUCAAAAUAUUCAUGCUAUUACCAUCAAAGAAGGUUUCAAAGUGUAUAAUUUCCAAUCUCCAAAAUUCAAAAGCUUCAAAUGCUUUCCUACCAACAAUAAUGAAACCAUAGAAGCAGCUUUGGCUUUCCGAAGUCGCCCAAAGUUGCCUUCCAAGGAAGGACUUUGGAAAGCCAAAGAGAAUCAUAUGUUUCCCCAUCGUCAAUUUACAUUAUUGCCGACUGGAAAACAUUUGGAGUGGAUUAGUACUGGCGCUAGAGGAAUUUAAUGGCAGGGUCUAUCAGUGAUCCAAAUUUGCACCCCAUGUUACCUGCUUACCUUUCAGCUCCUUUUUGUAUUUAGCCAGUGAUACUUGGAUUUAGAAUUGUCUGGAAAUGUCUGUGUGAAAAUGCUUAUGUUUUACAUUGUGUUUACAUUUACACAGAGCAUGUUCUUGAGUGUAAUUUUUUUAUGUGAAGGUUCUAGGUGUGCUAUUUAUAAAAAAAAAAAUACUCAUAUCCGUAUUAAGCAGAAACAUAAGUCAAAAAUAUACCAUUUGAUGGAAAAAGCUUUUUGUCUAGUAAACUUACAGUAUACUAUCCACCAUAGUUCAUCUGCACAAGAACAUUGGUGUCUUAUGCAGUUCCUACAUAAGUCUAGUAGGCUUGCAAUUCUGUCUACAUAAUUUUAUACUUGUGGGUUCAUCAACAGAUCAAAGCAUAUGUCAUUAAUUGGCUUUUAAAUGGCAAUGGGAAGCGGCACUAAUCAUUAUGGCACAUUCUGAUAAGUAUGGACCUAGAACCACAGCAUCAAAAGGCCCUAAAUCAUUAGCUAUACCCCCCGCUUAUUGCUGUUGAACUGCAUGCAAAUGCAACUAAGCAAUUUUUACCCAUUUGCACAAGAUUUGAGAAGCUACAGCAACUAAUUUUGAGCUCAGAAAACACAUUGCAGGCCAAAAAUACCACAAAAUGUGGCCUAACUGGACAUGUACAUGAUGAGAGUAGGAGGAGGUGCCAGACACAGCAGGAAAAUAAUGUAUGUGCUGCUGACAUGGAUUGCUAGGCCCUUCAUGGCAUAGAGUUAGAAAUUUGCACAGCACUAUUUUGGACAAAGGUGAGCUUGCUUAGGGCUUAAGUAGAAUUUAAUAUAACUGCUUUAUGCAAAGCCAUUGUGACCCAGCAACCAGUUUUUUCUUUCUUGUGCGUUUUUAUGUUUGCGCUCUUCUUUUCUGUGUCAUUUUACUGUUUUGCUUUUAUUAUAUAUGUAUCCAAUGAGUCUGACCUAGCCUUUCAAAACACUGCAUUGUGAGAAUAAUUCUCAGAGGCAGUAUAUGUAUUUCCAUAAAUGAGUAAUAAUUUUAACCCUUAUUUGCUCACAUGCAAAGCAAUAUACAGCAACAUUUUCCACCAUUGGGUCAGGCAGUGCAUUGUACUUACUGUGCUAUUUAUUAAACUUGUUUCAUAUGUCCAAAUAAAAUUCCUGUAAACCUA